AUGGCCGUUCUUACUGAUCUGCCCCCAGAAAUCCUAGAGCAGAUCUUCCAUUUCCUAGGAAGCAUCGACGACGUUCACCAUCUUGGGCGCACAUGCACCAAAACCCACCAUGUCAUCAAAAAACGCAACAUCUAUCUCGAGAUUAUGCGCUCGAUUAUCUACUUCAACCCCCAACACCGCUACGACUUCCAGCUCAACAGAGCCCUACUACUCCAACUCUUCCUAAUGUCCGGCCAAACUUACUUCCAACCCCCCGACCUAAUCGACCUCAUCGUCCGCUCCAAGGCAUCCCGCCGCCGACCUUACACCCACCUCCACACACCCUGUUCAACCUUGCUAUGGAGACACCCUCGACGAACUCACUUCCAGGCCUACAAUGACCUCUGCAACGAAACCAAGAAGGCGCAUAUCCAGCAUAUGUCGACGCGGCAUCUCACGCUCAUCACGCGCUCUUCCUUCCACCAAUCGCGCUACGAUAUGAGCCAAGGACUUAUUCGUGCUCCGGCGCUUGGCGAGGCGUUGUUCAGAGUACCGGAUCACGCGAAGCGGUAUUUCUAUGAUCGCGCUAUGGUGGCCUUUGAGAUGUGGGAGACGAAGCGGACGGGGUUGAAGGAUAUACGGACUGUGUUUCCUAAGAAGUGGGAGGAGAUCAGGUGGUGCAUUUGGUGGUGGGCGGGCAGUGAAGAGAAGGCGAGGAUGAAGAUGGAGAGGUUGAGGGAGACGGUGGGGUCGCAGUAG